AAAAUGGGGGGAUCAGAGUCACAUGCAAGAGCUCAAUCCGAUCCAGAUAUUAGAGAGAGAGACCUGGAGAGAAGAGAGAAAGAACUGAAGCAAAGAGAAACAGAACUGGAUAAAAGACUGAUGGACCACCAGAAAACGCAGAUGGGCUGGUUUAUACGUCAAAUACUGGGGAAAAGAGAGAUGGAACAAGAUAUAGAGACAGAACAGGAGAAAACAGCAAUGGAUCCAGAUAUUAAAGUGAGACAACCAGAGAAAAGAGCAAUUGAACCCAUUAUUACAGAGAGAGAACUGGAUAGAAGAGCGAUUGAACUGGAUAGAAGAGCGAUUGAACUGGAUAGAAAAGUGAUAGACUUGCAUGUGGAACUGAACAGAAGAGGGAUGGAAAUGGAUAUUAGACAGAGAGAAAUUGAGAAAAGAGCAGAGAAAAGACAGACUGAACUGGAUAAAAGCUUGAUGGAACUGCAUGUAAGGCAAUAUAAGUUGUAUAAAAGAGACAGAGAAGCAAUGGAACUGGAUGGAAGAGAGAUAGGACUGAAGAAAAGAGUGAUGGAACCAGAUAUUAGAGAGAUAGAAAUGGAGAGAAAAGAGAUGGAACCAGAUAUUAAAGUGAUAGAAAUGGAGAGAAAGGAGAUGAAAUUAGAUUUUAAAGAGAGAGGACUGGAUAUUAGAGAGAGAGAACUUGACAGAAAAGAGAAUGAAAUGGAGAAAAGAAAGUGUGAAAUUGAUAGAAGAGAAAGUGAAAUGGAGAUAAGAGAGAGCAAAAUGGAGGGAAAACAGAGCGAAAUGGAGGGAAGAAUGAGAGAACUGGAGAAAAGAGCAAAGCAACUGGAAAGAAGAGAAAUGGAUCUGCAUUGGGAACUGAAAAGAAGAGUGAUGGAAAUGGAUAUUAGACAGAGAGAAAUGGAGAAAAGUGCAGAGAGAAGACAGACUGAACUGGAUAAAAGACUGAUGGACCUGCAUCUAAGGCAAUAUAAAGAGUAUAUAAGAGACCAAGAAGCCAUGGAACUGGAUGGAAGAGAGACAGGACUGAAGAAAAGAGUGAUGGAACCAGAUAUUAGAGAGAUAGAAAUGGAGAGAAAAGAGAUGGAACUGGAUAUUAGAGAGAGAGAAUUGUAUAUUAGAGAGAGAGAACUGGAUAGAAGGGAGAGCGAAAUGGAGAGAAGAGAUACCGAACUGGAGAGAAGAAAGAGUGAACUGGAUAGAAGAGAGAGUGAACUGGAGAAAAGGCCUGACGGAAUGGAACCUGUUCGAAGUAGCAGCAAUGAGUUAGACCAUCCUAACAUGUCUGAAAGUGAGGACAAAUCUCCAGCCUAUCUGAAUGGAAAUUGAAGCGAGUUGAAGUAUUUUCCAGUUUUCCGGUGAAGGGCGAGUACAACUGAUCAACUGAGUUGCUUUAAAUUAAACCAUCUGCUAGCUAAAUGUAAAAUGUGAAUUCAAGUUUUGUAAAAGUAGAUGAAAUCAUAAUUUUCACAAGUUCAGUCUAAAGUUGUGGAUUUACAGUACAGUUCACUUAGCCUAUAUAAUGAAUAUGACAUCAGAGUUUUCUUCAAUCCAUUGCAUA